AUGGAUCGGCUACUGACAUGUGAAGUUCAAGAAGACAAAAAAGAAUGGGAGUCGAUAAAGGCUAAGAUGCUUGAAUUGGUUGACAUUUACUAUGAGGCUCUGGAUGCCCCGAAAAGUGGGAACAAGAUCACUAUGCCUCGUCAUCUGAAGGUUGAAGUAUAUCCGCACUUUAUGGAAGGGAAAGGGUUUACACCUCCCUACAUUUCCACAUCAGUGCUGGGCAAAAUCUAUGAUUUAGCAAAGUCGCAUCAGCCUGAAGCAGUUCACCCAAUCAAUAUAACUCCACUGACAUGCUUCACCGAGGAAGUAGUAGCCGAAGAACGCAACACGUGGGGUCUCCGUUACGACGAGUAUCGGAGAGCGAGCACAUUGCUAUUGGACAGUAAUCGCCCAAUCUCUAAAGAAGAGAAGAAGGCGAGGUUCCGGGAGCUGGACCAAAAAUACAAGCAGAUGCUGUACGACGCGGCGGAGCUGGAAGAGAGCCAGAAGCACCCGUUCGCCGUCUACAGGGAGGCCUGCGCGAUCUACCAGCUGGUGUACGAGCACGCGGCGCGGUGCCGGAGCGACGACGAAGGGAGGCGUGUCGAGAGGUGCGGCUUCGUGUGGAGGGUCGCCGGCCGCGCGCUGUGCGAGUUCUACGUGAUCAAGCGCCGCGGCGACAGGGUGGUCGCCGACAUGCAGGUCCUCCGCGACGCCUUCAGGAAGGAUCGCGGUGCGUAG